GUUGUUUACCAUGGCGACGGGGACGCUACCGUCUGUUGUUAGCAGAUACAAAGUACCUAUUAUAACAUUAUUUCUGUCUGUUUACAUAGAUCUCUUUGAUUGCCAGCAGUUUGUCAUCCCCUUCAAGUCUCCUUCAGAAUGCAGUGGGGAAGAAUUUUUCGAUAUCUCGAGUCUCUCGUGUGUGAGCUGCGGUUCAAAUCAGCUCCGGAGCACAACAGGACUGAGCUGCAUUUGCAAAACUGGUUACCAAACUCUCAUAACUGACAAGACAUCCAUCACAUGUCAGCAAUGUCCCACUGACAAACCUGCAGUAAUUACAGAUGGGUUUGGGUGUAUCCGCUGUCCGGGCAGUCUCAGUGAUGAGGGGAAGUGCCAGUGCCCACCAGGCCACAUCCUGGUGGAACGAGAUAUCAAUGGAAACCUUCUGGAUGAGGCCAGGUGUGAAAUGUGUAACGGAAAUACCCCUGGUUUGACUGUUCCAAACUACAGUGGAGACAUGUGUGAGCGAUGUCAGGCUUCCUUCAUUAACUCCUCCUGUGUGUGUAACCCUCCUAAUGUCCUGGCAGGAGGACUGUGUUUCCCUUCUGGCAGCCUCUCCACCAAUGUGAAUCCCAGUGUCAACUAUGUUCAGUUGAAGUUCAGUGUCCAGUCUGCCUGGUUUGUCAAAAACCUGUACUCUUCGUCAGCAGCCUGUCUGGUAUUCUCCAACUUGACAGCAUGUCAGGCUCUUGGGAACAUGUGUGUGAUGAACAUGCAUUCCUUCAGCAGCAUCUCCUCCGAUGCCUGCGGCCUCUUUAACACCAUCUUCAGAUCUCGGGCUGCUUUAAGCUCAACUCAAGAUAUUUCUUACUGGAGAGUUAAUCUGCCAUGGCUUUACUACGGGGACGAACCUGGACUGGCAGGUCGAGUGAUUCAGACCGAUCCUGUCCCCAUUAGGUUCAGUUUCAGAGGAAGAAACAAGAACACAGACAUUAAACUGCUUGCUGCUGUUUAUAAUGUCAGAGGAGAGUUCCUCAGAUGGGAACAAGUAGGAGCAGGUAAUCUCCAGCUUUGUCCAGGAACAACUAAGAAACAAUCUGCAGCCUUCAGCUUCGGAACUGCUUACCAAGAGAGUUGUGAUCUCUCAGUAGCAGAGCUGUUGGGUGCCCAUCCGGAGCCGUUGUUCUAUGAUGUAUUUUUGGAUCUUGGUGGAGGAGAGAACAGAAAACUUCUCCCCCUGCCUACACUGGUUUAUAACCAGCAAUACAAUGGGCGCCUAAUCAACCAAGAGAGCAUGAAGAACUGGUACCUGUCUCGCCGCAUGUUUGUUGUCGAUACGCUGAGUGGAAGAGAGAAGAGCACGAGUUCCCUGCCCAAAGUCAUCCGUGUAGCCAGCAGUGUCAAAAUAAGGUUCCAGCUGGUUCCCCGAACCCAGGAAGGCCAGGUAUUCCCGCCUCUGAUGACUGUGACGUACAGAGACGUUCCAAUCACGGAUAUCAAUACGCAAACUGUGGCUACAACUUUUGCUGUGGAGUAUGAGAUGGAUCAGAAUGAGGCUCGCAUAAAGACAGAUACUGCUCUCGGUGUGAUGGCUGGUGUGGCCCUUAUCUACUCUCUGCUGAAGACCGUAAGCUGGAAGAGGAGGAUCGCCUCUCAGCUCAUUGAUGCAGAGACGCUGCUGAAGUUUUUGAUGUUUUAUGCUGGAGAUCUGGCCAAUGUUUUCUUUGCCGUCACCGUGGGGACCGGACUUUACUGGCUCAUCUUUUACAAGGCCCAGCAGUUUGUUUCAGUGCUGUUACCACUACCUGCUCAGGAGGAGCAGUUUGUGACCUACAUUGGUUGUGCCUUUGCUCUCAAGGCUGUCCAGUUUCUCCACAAGCUGAUCCUUCAGGUGUCCAUUGAUGUUUUCUUUAUUGACUGGGAGAGGCCCCGAUGCAAAGCUAACAGAACUGUUCAAGCUGCUGGGGAGCCGAAACGUGACCCCUCUCCUGUCAGUAUCUGGAGGACAUACUUUGUGGCCAAUGAAUGGAACGAGAUCCAGACCAUACGCAAGAUCAGCCCAACUUUUCAGAUCAUGGCUGUGCUCUUCUUUCUAGAAGUGCUAGAUUUUUCCAACCUCGCCCUGAGGGACCCCUGGCCAACUUUACAGCGCUCCACUCAGGAAUACACCCCCUCAUACAGCAUCAUGCUGCGCUACGCUCUGGCAUCCACACUGUGGCUCUGCAUUGGAUUUCUGCAGGUUAUUUUCUUCACUGUGUUUCAUGAGCACUUUAUAGAGGACAAAAUCCGGCAGUUUGUAGAUCUCUGCUCCAUCAGUAAUAUUUCCGUGUUGCUGCUAUCUCACCGUUGUUUUGGCUACUACAUUCACGGGCGAUCAGUACAUGGGCAUGCAGACACUAACAUGGAGGAAAUGAACAACAAUUUGAAUAGAGAAUCUGAGUCCCUGUGUGGUCAGAGAGGUUUACUGCCGAACUCAGAGAUCCAGACCUUUCAGGUCUCUCUCACCAACCGCCUGCGAUUGCAGUAUGACAGGAUACGGGAGCAGAUUGGCAGGAGGAACGGGCCAUCGCGACUGAUGGACACAUCAUCAGCUAACCAGUUUGAGCAGAGGGCCCGAGGCUACCAGACCAUGAACCACUUCCUUGGAUCCGUUAUAGACCAUGCACAUCCUGACAUGGACUAUAUAGUGAGAGAUAAGAUGAUGUUGGAGAGGGUCAUAGGGAUGGAGUUUCUUGAACCGAGUGAAAAAAGCAUCUUUUACAAUGAUGAGGCCCACUCUUUCAGUGACGUGCUGUUUUAUGGAAAUGAGGCUACGCUGCUCAUUUUCGACACUUUGUUCUUCUGUGUCGUUGAUCUCGGGUCUCAGAGCUUUGUGCUUGCAGCUGUGCUUACAUGCGUACAGCAAAUAAUAUUUCGCCUGAUCCGCAACACUCUCGGAAGAAAGAACCUCGUCAACAAGACUUUGGUGGAUGAGAGAUUUUUGAUAUAAAAUUCCCUGCUAAGUGAUUGGAAGUGUCAGUGUUGUUUAGUGGCAUUCCUCUCAACUAUGUUUACUGUUCACAGCUUGUGCAACUCUUUUUUGUACUUUUCUUUGGAUAUACUAUAUUUUCACUGCUGUUUCUGGAUGUAAAUAUCAUAGUUUUUUGUAAAAAUGCUAAUGUUUUUAUUGAUUAAGGGAUUUUGAUAUGAAGAUCGUCUUGUUUUAAGAUAAUUUUAUUAAAAUCAAAUUGAUUUUUCAUA